AUGAUCUUGCUCCUCUUCUUGUUCAGUCUGGCUCUGGUUCUGACUGCUGUGUCUUCUUCAGAUGACCACAGAGUUCAACUACUGCAUGGAAGCUGUCCCCCGUUCUGGUACAGCUUCAAUGGCCGCUGCUACAAAUAUGUGGCCACACACAUGAGCUGGGCUGAUGCAGAGCUCUACUGUGUGUCACAGCGAGCCAACCUGGUGUCUAUCCACAGCAGGGAGGAAGAGGAGUUUGUUAAAUCUUUGAUUAAGAACUUUGACCAUGCUGAGCGAUGGACCUGGAUUGGACUGAGUGACCUCCAUAAAGAAGGCAGAUGGAUGUGGUCUGAUGGUUGUGCAGUCAGUUUUGUCUACUGGGGUGCUGGCGAGCCAAACAACGGUGGAACAGAUGAGCACUGUGUUCACACUAAUGUGCGUGAAGUAAAGGAGUGGAAUGAUCACCAGUGUUCUCUCAAUUUAGCUUCUGUUUGUGCAACACAAAUAACCUGCCCUUAG